UCCAUAGAUAAUAAGCAAUGAAUCAUAAUUAACUUACUAAUCGACUAAUGGGUAAAUAACUAAUGACAAAAUCUAAAAACUUCCGAAUUUCUGUUCAUCAUUAUUGUUAACAUUAUUAAUUUUAAUUAAAAUAAUAGAAUCAACCAAAACACACCAUGAGUAAAACGGCAUCUUAUUCAGAUGAACAUCUAUCUGAAAUGCAAGAAGCAUUUCAAUUAUUUGAUAUUCGAGGCGAUAACAAAAUACAUAUAUCACAAAUUGGCAAUGCUCUACGAGCAUUAGGUCAGAAUCCAACUGAAUCUGAUGUCAAUAAAUUUACUCAACAACACAAAGCAGAUGAAAGAAUAACAUUUGAAGUAUUUCUACCAAUUUAUCAGGCAAUUUCAAAAAAUCGAUCAUCUAAUACUGCUGAAGAUUUCAACGAAGGAUUACGCCAUUUUGAUAAAGAUGGCAAUGGAUAUAUAUCAUCUGCGGAACUUCGGCAUCUUCUAACAAGUCUAGGUGAAAAAUUGACAGAUGAUGAAGUCGAACAAUUAUUGGCUGGACAAGAAGAUUCUCAAGGAAAUGUUCUUUAUGAAGAAUUUAUUAACAUGGUUAUGUCAGGUUAAUAUAUUAUAUUAUUAAAUAAUUGGAAAAAUUCUAAUAUAUUUUUCUACUUUACCAGUAUUUAAACAUUAACCAUUUAUAUACAUUGAAAAUCUAUAAAUUUAUUAAUAUACUUUUUUUAUAAUUCCAACACUAACAUUGCUAUUGUUUGUAAGUUAAAUAGUUAUUUUGUUAUUUGUAAUCACAUUCCAUAAAAACAAUAAUUUAUCCAAUUUAAUGAACCAAUAUGCAUUGGUAAAAUUGGAAUAUUUAUUUAUUUUAUAUUUAUUUAUUUUAUUUUUAGGAAAUUAUUUUUUAUUGUGUAUGUUUACUAAUCAAAAUAAAUAUUAAAUUUUAAUCAUGAA